AUGACUAAGUCAUCAGGAAAUGCUACUAACACCGCUGAAGAUUCAUCUCCGGUCAAAUCAAAGAGGGCUGUUGCAUCUGACAAGGCUGGUGGUUUAAAAUCCAAGAAACAUAAGUGUACUGCAAUUGUAAAGGUUGAAUCGAAGGUGGUUCUGAUGACUCAGCGUCUUCGAACCAGAAGUCGAAACCCCCUGGCAAAUCCAACAACUAUCUUAGCGCCUCUCACUGUUGAAGACGACAGUGGUGACUCUGUCUCGAGAAACAAAGAUUAUGUGACUCAUCAUGGGUCUGAUCUGGCUGCUGGAACAGGUGUUGGUGCCUCAGGAACCGCAAAAGGUCGGCAUGCAUUCCACUUGGAAGAAAUGGUGGAUGAUUAUGAGGAUGGUGAGGAGGCUCAGGAAGAUGAAGAAGAGGAAAAUGGGUCUUCUUCUUAA